AUGGAGGCCACAGAAGCAGUUUUUAUCUGCUCGAGGUCGGAAUCUACACCUUUGUCGGAGUGGUCAAACAAUAUUUCGUUUGAAAACCUUGUUCUUGCUUUAUGCUACUUCCUUCAACUCCUCAACUUUGCUCCUUCUUUCAGAUAUCUUUCAUCUAUUUACACUUCUCCGACUUGUCUCGCAAGCCCACACUGGUCUUUGUGCCUGGAGCAUGGCACACUGUCGAAUCCUUCUGCAACUUUCCUCGAUGACGUCCAAGCCGUCCGAAAUUCGAUCGUGGCGGAGACCACACAGGAGCAUGAUGUUGUGGUGGUGAUACACUCCUAUGGAGGCCAAGUCGGUGCCAGUGCAAUUAAAGGCCUCACGCGAAAUAAGCAAGAUGGUUCUUCAUCUGGCAACGUCUUUGGUCUUGUCCUGAUGGCAACCGGCUUCGUCCUCACAGGAGUCUGCUUUGUCGAAGGUGCCGGCGGCAAGCCACCUCCAUCAUGGGAGACAGAUAUGGAGAGUGGCUUUGCCCUGAUAGUAGCUGAGCCUAGGGAGCGGGGGCGGAUGUUAAGCAGGCGGAAGGAGACUGCUGAUUUCAUAUCGGACGCCGUGGCAGCCAUUGUGGCGUAA